AAACCGCAGCAGCAGCCUUUUCGCACCAUGGGCAAUCAGGAGAGCAGCCACAGCAGCGCGAGGAAAGGCCUCGACUACGGGCGUUUGUCGCGCAACGAGGUGGAGCAGCUCUCGCACCGACUGGGCUUCAGCCUCACGCCAGAGGCCACGCUGGACCCAAGGCAGGUGUGCGCGGCCUUCCCGUCCGUCCUGCGGCCAUACGGCGCCAUGUUGCUCAAGGCAUGCACACACACACGAGAUCCAUGAAUGUGCGUUGACCCACUCAUUACGGCUCGGCUGUGCGUGUUCUCCUGCUGGUGUGUGUGGUGCAGGGUAUUCGGCCGCAGGUGGCGCCGCCCUCGCGGCCGCCAUCGGCGAGGAGGGAAGGGCACGGAUACGGCAAGAGUGGUGUGAGUGCGAGUGGUGGUGGUGGUCCCAACUCGUCGUCGACUCAGGGCAGGAUUGGCGCACAGGACCUGCUCAAAGCAAGUGAGGCCUUUGGGUGGGGUGACUGACACUGACAGAGGGAGAGAGAGAGAGAGAGAGAGGGAGAGAGGGAGAGAGAGCGGUGAUCUAUGUGGUUUGUGCGCUGCGUUGUGGCCUUGGUGUUGGCAGUCUCAGCCUGCACGUAUUCAUCGCCUGACGAGAUCCAGCGGCUGCUGGUGCGGGCCUUCCUGCUCGACAUCAACGGCGGCAUCGAUGAACACUUCACACACGGUAGGUAGCUUUGCUGCCUACCCUUCAACACCCACACACGCCCACCCCACCCCCCCGGCGUGUGUUUGUGUGUGUGUAUGCGUGUAUGUGUGUGUGUGUGUGUGCGUGUGUGUGUGUGUGCGUGUGUGUGUGUGUGUGUGUGCCUAGGCCGUCUGUCCAAGGCCCUCGAGCGCGCCGUGACAUCACUGCUGACGUACCUCUACCUGGAGUCUGCCUUUCUCACUGACCCAUCGGCGCCGCUGUUCCGGUCGCUCAAGCUUACGGAGAGCCACCCGGACGUCACCAAGGCCGUCGGCAGGCCUCGCGCCAACAGCUGGGACGUGACGAGCUUCUUCACCUUCGACAUGAAUGCGGGCGGCGGGAUGGCACACAACAAGGACGAACAGAUCCUCUCACUCAGGUAUGUCCUUCAUGCAUGCCACGGCGCACAGAUCUCCAAGGUUGUCUGUGUGUAUGAGCAGGCCGCUGCUCAACAGCCUGACCAUCUUCCUCCGCACCAAGACGAACCCCGCUCUGUCGAUCUCCUCCCCCACGCCCCCCUCCCUGACGGACGCGGUGGUGCAGUGGCUGGAGGACACACUGCCCUGCAUCCCGACCGUCUUCACAGCCGCCAUACGGUUCCACUUUGUCGACCCGCCCUUCCUCAGGACACGCCAGCAGCAGCGCCCGUCGAGGGACGAAGACGGCCAGGUAGUGGAUCCACUCUCUACCUGUUUAUCGGGGAUGGAUGGAUGGAUGUGUGCAUGUGUGUGUAGGUGGUGGACGAGGGCAUAUUGCGUUCGCCGUCGCUCGGCCCGGUGAUCCGUCAGAGUGACGGCUGGAAGGGCAUCUUUCUGCUCGGCACCAGCAGAGUGCUGCCGGACGAGAUCUGCUGCACGGUGGGCGAGGCGACUGACUGACCGGCACACACAUGCACCACACUCAUUGAUGUGUGUACACGCACUUGUCUGUUUGUCUGUCUGUGUCUGUCUGUCUGUCUGUCUGUCUACUCUCUAUGUGUUUUGUAGUUGCGCCAUUCUGAGGCCAAGCUUAAUACCCACCUGUGGCACAGACUCUUCGCAUCUUGGAAGAAUGGUAGACAGAGAGAGACACACACACAGGGAGAAAGGCAUGUGUGUUGUGUGGUGUGCAGGCUUGUCGUUCAAUCGUCUGACCCACCACAUAGUGCAUUACGCCGGCCCCUCCCUGAUCGCAGUCAAGACAUAUGACGGGCAGGUCUUCGGGGCCUACUGCUCACAGUGAGGCAACAGCACAGCACAGCACAGCACGGCAGCCACACCAUACGCGUGUUAACUGUAUGUGUGUGUGUGCAGGCCAUGGAAGGAGUCUAACACGAUCUACUUCGGGUCGAUGGACUCCUUCAUUUUCGCCGCCAUCCCCUCGUUCCACGUGUACAGGUCAGCCAGUCGAGUCGGCACACACAUGACACCACACCACACCACACCACGACACACAUCCAUCCCACUCCUCUCUGUGUAUCCACAGGUGCACUAAUCGCAGCCACAACUGUUUCUACCUCAAUUCCAAGAACAAUUACUCGCCCAAAGGCAUCGCCAUCGGAGGCACCCUCGAGUGCCCCCGAGUAUGGAUACGAGAAGGUCAGCCAGCCAGCCAGUCAGGAAAUUACCCUCCUCUCCCCUUCUCCCCUGCACACACACACACACACACACACACAAGGCAUGCAAUGGUGCAGAUUUUGAGGACAACCACGUCACAUUGAGCGACGCCACAUUCGCGACGGGACCCCUCGUCAGGGACUUCGCAGAGUUUGCUCCCGAGCAGCAAGACAUCAACAACAACAGCAGCGACAACAACAACAACAACAACAACGACAACAACACCAACAGGACACAGGCCGCCAGUGCCGCCCCAUCAGUGUCGGCCUACGACUACAUGGUCAAGUUUCGCGUGCAGGAGCUGGAGGUGUGGGGGGCGGGGGGCGAUGACGCCCUCGUGCAGCAGCAACACGGACAGGACUCUGAACAACGGGUGGGUACAAACGUGUGUAUGCGUGUGAUGGAUGGAUGUGUGUGUGUGUGUGUGUGUCUUAGGUGCGUGAGCAGCGCCGCAAGGUGGACAAGAAGCAGCUAGUGGGGACCGACUUCGACAAGGAGUUCCUUCUCGGCAAGACAUUCGCCGGCGCCAAGGAGGCCAGAGAAGACGUCAGCAGAGAGCGAUAGCGAGCAGCCGACUAAUGAACGACUUCGAGUGUUUGAUGGAUGGAUGGAUGGACGGACGGUGGAUGGUCACGUGUUCGAUGGAUGUGCGGUGUACAUAAAGGAGGGAGGGAAGGGGCUCGGUCAGUCAGUCAGGCAGUCGAUUUUGCUGUGUUUGGGCCGUGUAGCUGGCUAGCUGCAGCAGGAGAGGAGCUAGAGGAUUUUGUGCUUUUGUUGGUUGCACGUGUGCCGUGCUGUGCGUGCCACUCGUUCAUCUGUCCAUUCAUGAAACGCACUGACAGUACCAUCCAAACGUAACGCCUUCUCUUGUUUGGACUUAUCUUCUCG